CCGAGCCGGCCGGGAGGAGGGCGGCGCGCCGCCAGCGCGGCUCUGCGGCCUGUGCCCGUCCGCUCGUCUCCGCCGGUUCUCCGCGCUGCCGUCCCCGCGGCCCCGCGCCGCGCGGCCCCUCUCAGGCGCGGGCGGAGGCGGAGAGCGGGCGAAGCCCCCGCCACGGCGGCCUCCCCCAUGGUGGGCUUCGGGGCCAACCGGAGGGGCGGCCGCCUGCCCUCCUUCCUCUUCGUGGCCCUGCUGGUGGUGAUCGCCGUCCUCGCUUUCAACUGCUGGAACGCGGCGUCGCGCCAGGCCGUGCUGCGGGAGGAGCUGGCCGAGCUGCAGAGCCAGGCCAAGCGCACCGAGGUGGCCCGCGGGCGGCUGGAGAAGCGCAACUCCGACCUGCUGGGCCGGGUGGACUCGCACCGCAAGCAGCUGGAGCAGAAGGAGGCGGACUACAGCCAGCUGAGCAGCCAGCUGCAGGCCCGCGACGGGCAGGUGAAGAGCUGCGAGGACAGCAGGGUGAAGCUGCAGAACAACAUAUCGUAUCAGAUGGCAGACAUACAUCGUUUAAAGGAACAACUGGCAGAAUUACGGCAGGAAUUCAUCCGCCAGGAAGAUCAGCUUCAUGAGUACAAGAAGAACAACACUUACCUUAUGAGGAGGCUGGAGUACGAUAGUCUGCAGUGUGGGCAGCAGAUCAAGGAAAUGAGAAUGCAACACGAAGAAAACAUAAAGAAAUUAAUGGACCAGAUUGUUCGGGAACAAAAGGCAACACAGAGAAUUCAGUCCAGUAAAGAUGCUGAAGUAAAUCCCCAUGGUGAGGACCAGGCAAUAUCUAAGACUGUUCCAGAGAUGGAAGUUAAAAAUGCAGAAAAUAACGAGCUGCCUUCAGAUCGUGUUGUAGAUGGCAAAGAGAAAGUCAAACCAGGAGGAGAUGCAGGCAUGCCUGAAAUAGAAGACAACGACCCUGCUAAAGCUGAAGAUACUCCCACUGCUAUAAAGAAGCCACUUAUCUCAGCUCCCAGAAGUGAUAAUCAUCAGCCUGUUAUAAAUCAUCCAACCGAACAGCCCCGCGCUCCAAAUCUGGCACCAGGUUUGCACGGUGACGAUGGAAAUGCUGAUAAUGUGAAAGAGGUACCUCCAAAUUCUCUUCAGCACUUAAAUUUUGGUGAAAAUACGGAAAGUCAGAAUGAAAACAAAAUUGAAGUAGACCAUAUAAAACUUCAAAAAAGCAGAGUUGUCGACUUGCAAAAGAUGAAGCAAAGCCGAUUCUUUGAUGAGAAUGAAUCCCCUGUUGAUCCGCAGCAGGGUUCUAAACUGGCAGAUUAUAAUGGGGAUGAUGGUAACGUGGGUGAGUACGAGGCAGACAAACAGGCUGAGCUGGCUUACAAUGAGGAAGAGGAUGGUGAUGGUGGAGAAGAAGACGUCCAAGAUGAUGAAGAAAGAGAUCUACAGAAUGACCUCGUUGAUUACAGCAAGCCGCGCUUCGGUGAUGGUGUUCUUUAAGGCUUGAAUUAAACAGGAAAUGUAGAUGAGAUCUCAACUGAAGAACUUGAAGUGCUGCAAAACUGAACCAUUUUUACUUCAGUGUUUCAUACUUUAAAACAAACUGAUAAUUAAAAAUAAGUACUCUCCAAGUUAGGGAAGUAACAGAAGGAAACAGUUGUGUACAUAUGUACAUAGUUGUACUAUUGCAAAUUGUAUUAAAACGACAUUUUUGUUGUUACAUUGAGCCGAUUACUUAGACUGUACCUUAUCUGUAAGAAUCUUUACAUUGAAAACCAAUAUUAUAAAUAUGGGCUGAAUUGUUUCUGCAAAUUAGAAACUUUGUAAACUGGAGAACUUGUACAGUUUGUAUCUCAUGUAACAAAUACACUGUGGAAACAAUGUACAGCCAGAGGACUCCUUUUCUACAGUAAUACCUGUAUGAGCAAAAAUACUCUGCUUUUUUCAUGAGUGCUGUGUGUUUCGUAUUUUGCAGGUGAGCUAUCGUUUGAGAAUGAAAACUGAAUGUUUAAAAAACCGCUCCUUCUUUUAUGUAACUGAGGAAAGAUAGGACAGGGGCAUAGUCCUCAGAAGCAAGCACCAUUCUGAGUCUCCUGUCCAGUGACCAAAACUCGGCGCUAGAGCUGGAGAUCAGUGACAGUAGAGUUUCAGUAAUUAGAUACACCCUGAAAAAGUUGUGUAACUACUAGCUUAUUUUAAAAGGUAAUAUAAAUAAUUCAACACAGCUUGUAGGGAAUCUUUGUGUACGUGUUAAAGAAGAGCAAGAGUUUCAGUGUGAGGGGAGGAAGAAGUCUACAUCAGCUUUGCAGGAAACUGAAUGGGAGAACAACCCCUACCCUCAGUAAACAGCUGUAGGCACAGCUGUACUGUUUCAGGAGGCUCCAUCCUGUGUUGCAGUCACUCAAGUUAGUUUACAUUGUAAUUCUUCAAUACAGAUCUCUCCAAACAUCUGCCACUUCCAAUGUUUUGCUUUUCUAUCUCAGACCAGUUUCUAAGUUAGAUACUUUUCGUAUUAUGUGUUAAGCACUUUCUGAAUUUUAUGGAAAUGAUUCAGUUGAUCUGCAGUAGUGGAAACUGAGGUUAUUAACCCAACCUGCUUCUCCAAAAGGGCUACUGUGAAAAGAAAUUACAGGACCUUUGACAUGGGUGAUUGUACUCUCUCUGUACUCAGGUUCCAAUCUGAAAUAACAGCUAAGUCUUGCUUGAUGCCAGUUCAGUGGACCUUUCACAUUUCAAAAUUUGCACGAUUUUAUUAUUAUUUUUGCAACAGGCAUAUUCUGCUAAUGAGUCUUAAAUAUUUGAGAAAUAAAAAAAAUCAAAUGCUGGUGAUGCAUUCCAAGGGUUUGGUUUUUUUUUUCUGUGGUGGUGGUGUUUAAGGCUAGAGCUCUUCAAUGACAUUCUUCUGAGAGGCAGAGGGGGGGAACAGCCCUUCACAUGGUGUGAUGUGCUUCCAGUUAAACAUAAAACGCUGAACCUGCUCUGAAUUAGAUACCCUACUAACACCACACAGUAAGUACAAACCUGUGCCAGGAUUCUAAGAAUAGCAGUCAUCAGUAAAUACCAUAUUUAAGCACUACAAUUUUUUUUGGUCUUAAAAUGUAAUUUCACCCUGAAUUAGGUGUUAACUUGAUUCUUCUAAUGAAAGCAACGUAUAUGGGUUCUAAUAAAUUAAGUUGUUUAAAGUU